ACAGCGAAAGAAGGCGAUUGAAAAUCCCAUUUCCCACACCCACCCACCUCUUCACUUGUCCAAUCAGAUCGAGUACGAGGGACAAAACAUUCGAUUAGCAGCCACUAGUUCGUGUGUUCCUCAAAGCAACCCCCAGAGGAAAGCGGAGGAGACAGACCCACCUGCGCCAAAGCAUGAAAAAGACGCAUGGAAGCUGCAGCGAGAAUCAACAAGGGGGAACCAAGGAGGACAAUGAUGAUAAAGAUCCAACUGUUGCAACUCCCGCUCCUGCUCCUCCUCCUCCUCCUCCGAAUCCCACAGCCAUGCCCACAAGAAUCUCUCCCGAAUAUCCACCAACUCGUUAGUAGCUUGAGAUGGCGCUGCGAGGAGACCAGAAGAAGGACGACACCACAGCCCCGGUUUCAUCUGCUGGAAGCGACAGGAUGAGGCAGAGCAACGACAGGGACAAAGCGAUUGCUCACUACAAUGCAGACGCUUUGCUUAUGGCUGAGUUUGAGCAGUCCAGCGUUUCUGGUAAGUCCUUCGAUUACACCAAGUCGGUCAUGGGCGUCCCUCCGUUUGUGCCUGAGGAGAAAAUCACUGCCUAUUUGUCAAGAAUCCAAAGGGGCGGCCUCACUCAGCCCUUUGGUUGUAUGCUUGCCGUGGAAGAACCGGGUUUUAGGGUCGUCGGUUACAGCGAGAAUUGCUUUGAGUUGCUGGAGAUUAGGCUUGACAGUGAGUUUUUGGGGUCAAGAUCAGAGAAGGGUCUGAUUGGCGUUGAUGCAAGAACCCUUUUUACACCUUCUUCGGGUGCUUCGCUGGCGAAAGCGGCAGCUUCACGGGAGGUUUCGUUGUUGAACCCAGUUUGGGUUUAUUCUAGGGGCGCCCAGAAACCGUAUUAUGCUAUAAUUCAUCGGAUUGACGUGGGGAUUGUGAUAGAUUUGGAGCCUGCGAGGUCCGGCGAUUCUGCGAUGUCUCUUGCCGGGGCAGUGCAGUCGCAGAAGCUAGCUGUUCGCGCGAUUUCUAGGUUGCAGUCACUUCCUGGGGGAGAUAUUGGCUUGCUCUGUGAUACAGUUGUGGAGGAUGUACAGAAGUUGACUGGAUAUGACAGGGUUAUGGUGUAUAAGUUCCAUGAUGAUGAUCAUGGUGAAGUCAUCUCUGAAAUCAGAAGGUCUGAUCUAGAACCGUACCUUGGAUUGCAUUAUCCUGCUACAGAUAUCCCUCAAGCUGCUCGUUUUUUGUUCAAGCAAAAUCGCAUUAGGAUGAUUUGUGAUUGCAAUGCAGAUCCAGUCAAGGUUGUCCAAACCGAAGAACUGAAGCAGCCUCUUUGCUUGGUUAAUUCCACCCUUCGAUCGCCUCACAGGUGUCACACACAGUACAUGGCCAACAUGGGUUCCGUUGCGUCGUUGGUGAUGGCUGUUAUCGUCAACAGAGGUGAUUCGAUGAAACUCUGGGGUUUGGUAGUGUGCCACCAUACUUCCCCUCGAUACGUCCCUUUCCCGCUUCGAUAUGCUUGUGAGUUCCUCAUGCAAGCAUUUGGGCUGCAGCUCCAUAUGGAGCUUCAAUUGGCAUCACAGUUGGCAGAAAAGAAAAUUCUGAGGACACAAACUUUAUUAUGCGACAUGCUGCUUCGAGAUGGCCCGCUUGGUAUCAUCACUCAAUCACCUAAUAUAAUGGAUCUUGUCAAGUGUGACGGAGCUGCAUUAUAUUAUGGUGGGAAUUGUUGGUUGUUGGGUGUGACUCCUACUGAGGCACAAGUGAAGGACCUUGCUGAGUGGCUGCUUACAAAUCAUGGGGACUCUACAGGUCUGAGUACUGAUAGUCUGGCCGAUGCUGAUUACCCUGGGGCGGCUUCUUUGGGCGAAAGCGUUUGCGGCAUGGCUACUGCAAGAAUAACUUCAAAGGAUAUAUUGUUCUGGUUCAGGUCACAUACAGCAAACGAAAUCAAAUGGGGUGGAGCUAAGCAUCAUCCUGAAGAUAAGGAUGAUGGUGGAAGGAUGCAUCCAAGAUCAUCCUUUAAAGCUUUUCUUGAAGUAGUGAAGUGUAGAAGUUUGCCAUGGGAAGUCUCAGAAAUUAAUGCAAUCCACUCAUUGCAGCUUAUAAUGAGAGACUCGUUUCUGGAUAUGGAUGUCAGGGGUUCUAAGGCCCUGACAUCUGCAGGGCGAACUGAUACCAAGAUGCAUGAAAUAGAUGAACUCAGUUCGGUAGCAUGUGAAAUGGUUAGAUUGAUUGAAACUGCGACAGCUCCUAUAUUUGGAGUUGAUUCUGCUGGUCUUAUUAAUGGGUGGAACGCAAAAAUGGCUGAAUUGACAGGGUUGCCGACUAAUGAAGCUAUUGGGAAGUCCCUGGUUAACGAAUUCAUCCAUGAGGACUCACGGGGAACUUUCAAAAAUGUUUUAUGCAGAGCUUUGCAGGGUGAGGAGGAUAAAAAUGUUGAGUUAAAAUUCAGGGCUUUUGGUCUUCAUCUGCAGAACUCAGUCGUUUAUAUUUUGGCAAAUGCCUGCACAAGUAGAGACUACACAAAUAAUGUCAUUGGGGUAUGUUUUGUUGGUCAAGACAUCACAUGUGAGAAGAUGGUGAUGGAUAAGUUUGUACGUUUGGAAGGGGAUUACAAAGCUAUUAUACAGAGUCUUAGCCCAUUAAUUCCUCCUAUAUUCGCUUCAGAUGAUAACGGUUGCUGCUCUGAAUGGAAUGCCGCAAUGGAGAAGCUGACUGGUUGGAUGAGACAUGAGGUCAUAGGUAAAACACUUCCUGGAGAGAUCUUUGGCGGGUACUGUCGACUAAAAGGUCAGGAGACUCUCACUAAAUUUAUGAUUCUGUUGUACCAAGGAAUAAGUGGACAAGACACCGAGAACUUCCCUUUUGGAUUUUUCGAUCGAAAGAGGAAAUUUGUGGAGGUUUCCUUAACUGCAAGCCGGAGAACUGAUACAGAUGGCAACAUUAUUGGAUGCUUCUGCUUCUUGCAAAUUAUUACACCUGAUGCACAACUAGUCUCAGAAGGACAAGGCCAAGAUGAUGCUGAAUGUGCUUUGAAACUGAAGGAGUUGGCUUAUGUACGUCAAGAAAUGAAAAAUGCUUUAAAUGGUAUCAGGUUUACCCACAAACUUCUGGAAACUACAGCUAUUUCAGAAAACCAGAAGCAAGUUCUAGAUACAAGUGAUGCUUGUGAAAGACAGAUCAUGACGAUCAUAGAGGAUAUGGAUUUUGGAAGCUUACAUGAUGGCAGAUUGGAGCUGAACGUGGAAGAAUUUCUUCUGGGAAGUCUUUUUGAUGCCGUCAUUAGUCAAGUAAUGAUCCCACUGAGAGAAAGGAAUUUGCAGCUCUUUCACGAAAUUCCAAAGGAAAUGAAAAAUCUGAGCCUUUUUGGGGACCAAGUUAGGCUUCAACUUGUCCUAUCGGACUUCUUGCUAAAUGUUGUGCACCAUGCCUCUUCACCAGAUGGCCGGGUGGAAAUAAAGAUUUUGCCUGGUUUGAAGCUUAUACAGGAUGGCAGUGAAUUCUUGCGGAUACAAAUCAGGAUGGUACAUGCCGGGCAAGGUCUGCCUUCUGCUCUGAUCGAUGAUAUGUUUGACGGGGAGAGUCGGUGGAAUACAAGUGCACAGGAGGGCCUCGGUCUAAACCUGUCGCGGAAACUUCUCAACAAAAUGAAUGGUCAGGUCCACUAUAUUAGAGAGAGCAAGAGAUGUUACUUUGUCAUUGACCUCGAUCUUAAAACGGAGAGAGAGAGACAAACAAGAUGCUCCAACCGGAAGCAGGCAUCUUGACGUGACGUCUCUCUUAAAAUCUUAAUACUUGAGGUCAAUGCAUUCUGCUACACCCCAUUUUAUCAAGGCACGCGAAGUAUUGCCCGAGAAUGUGGUCUUUAGUACAGACAACAUAUUAUACGAAGUCUCUCGAACUUAGGUUCACUUUUUUGGCGAGAACUGCGGAAAAUAUUAGGAAAACCCCCUGCACAAGUAUCCGGGUUCCCCUGGUGAGCCAAGAAACUUUAUGGAAAGAUAAGCUAGCUGGGUCUUCUUUUGUAACCCAAAUAAUGCCUCUGUUUUUUGUGCACUUGCUUCUGUACACAUGGAUGGGCUGGGUAAUGAAAGAUGGGAAUCCUUCUUUUGCUGCA